CGCAACGCAGAACAGUGAACAUGCAGGGUGCGUCUGUGACGCCAGGCUAACCUCAUUUCUGUGAUUUUCUGACUGCAACAGGUGUUUGACAUGAGACGAACAGGUAAGGGUGAUGUGGACGGUUUCUAUCUGACGCACUGUGGGGCAGACACCCCGUUCCAGUGCCCCCUCAGGGGUGGACAGGGCUUUCAGUGUGCGAGGCUGCUCUGGUCAAACACCUGCAUCUGUGAGGACUACUCUGAGAUGAUGAAGAGUAGAGGACAGGCACAGUGGUUGAGCGUUUGACUCUGGGAUUUGGGCUGAAGGAAUCUACACACUCUCGCUUGCCAGAGUGAGGCGGCAUGGACGCAGUCUACCCUUCCUCCUGACGCAGUCUACCCUUCCUCCUGACGCAGUGUACUGACCCAGUCUACCCUUCCUCCUGACGCAGUGUACUGACCCAGUUCACCCUUCCUCCUGACCUGACGCAGUGUACUGACCCAGUUCACCCUUCCUCCUGAUGCAGUCUACCCUUCCUCCUGAUGCAGUGUACCCUUCCUCCUGACGCAGUGUACUGACCCAGUUCACCCUUCCUCCUGAUGCAGUCUACCCUUCCUCCUGACCUGAUGCAGUGUACCCUUCCUCCUGACCCAGUGUACCCCUGCAUGGGUGACGUGUCUAGGGACAGACGCUGAAACGUGCGUGUUCUGAGGUUCUCAUGUUAUAAUUAUAAUAAUACAAAUAUUUAGAUGCCUGGGUCACACACACUCCUAAUUAAGUAUCUGAAGCAACCCUGAACUGUGACUGAGGUAUGAGGGAGGCUCAGGCGCUUUGAGACCAUGUCUACUGUUAAUGGCGCUGUACAAGUAAACAAAAUCAAACUGAACUGAGUUAAGUGAGUUAAAGUGAGCUGAGGUGUUGGGUUUGGCGGCUGCGCCAUGGCGGACUUGGGCUUCCUGGGUGGCCUGAUCGAGGCCAUGCAGACACACUCUCCUCUGCUGGGACGCCUGUGGCUGCAGAUCAUGCUGGUGUUCCGCAUCGUCAUACUGGGCACCGUAGCGACUGACCUGUUCGAGGACGAGCAGGAGCAGUUUGAGUGUAACACGGCCCAGCCGGGCUGCAAGCAGGUGUGCUACGACCAGGCCUUCCCCAUCUCGCAGUACCGCUUCUGGGUGUUCCACAUCGUGCUCAUCUCCACUCCCGCCAUGCUCUUCCUCAUGUACGCAAUACACAGACGCACAAAGACCAAGGCCCAGCAACAAGGUGCCAGCAGCGGUGAUGUCCGAGGCAGCAGGUUGUCGCUGGGGAAACGCGGCGUGAAUCCCCAGGAGGACCUCAAAGAGCUGCGUCUAUACACGCUGAACGUGGGCUUCCGCUUCCUGGCGGAGGUGGCCUUCCUGGUGGGCCAGUGGGCGCUGUACGGGUUCGGCGUGGCGGCGCAGUACCCCUGCAGCCGCUUCCCCUGCCCCUACACGGUGGACUGCUUCACCUCGCGGCCCAUGGAGAAGACCGUCUUCCUGGUCUUCUACUUCGCCGUGGGGCUGCUGUCCGCCCUCUUCAGCCUGGCCGAGCUCGUCCACCUCUACUUCAAGUGGAUGCGCCUGAGGAGGACGCUGGGACGGAGGGACGCUGGCCAGGAGAUGGAGGACGCAAGGGGGGACCAGGGGAGGCCGAUGCGGAGACCCGCUCAGGGGAGUAGGGGUGGGACGAGGGGGCAGUUGUUCUCGGGGAGGGGCAGGAGUGGGGGCAGCAACAGCAGCAGGGGCAGUGGGGGCAGGAGCAGCAGCAGCGCUGGGAGGAAGAGUAGCAGCCAGAGGAUAGACACACUCAUGGUGUGA